AGUUUUAUCAAUUUCAAGUGCCAGAAGGCACAAAUGUAGGGACAUCUGACGUUUUUGGUUUAGUACCAACGUAGCUGUCAUUUACCUGUCAAACAAAAGGAUUGGCCCCAAUUUUGCAAAAAUGGCCCAAAUCGGCGAACCAUUGACCCUCCACCGAGACAUUAAGCGUUCCGUUGAGCUUUUGGAGAAGCUCCAGAAAAGUGGCGAAGUCCCGGCUACUAAACUCGCGGCCCUUCAGAAAGUCCUCCAGAGCGACUUUCUGAAUGCAGUGCGCGAGGUCUACGAGCACGUUUACGAAACUGUUGAUAUUCAAGGGUCUCAAGACGUGCGAGCCUCUGCCACUGCUAAGGCCACAGUUGCAGCUUUCGCAGCCAGUGAGGGACAUGCACACCCCAGAGUCGUGGAACUGCCAAAGACUGAGGAGGGUUUAGGGUUUAAUGUGAUGGGGGGAAAGGAGCAGAAUUCCCCCAUUUAUAUUUCUAGGAUUAUUCCGGGGGGUGUGGCGGAUCGGCACGGGGGGCUGAAGCGAGGGGAUCAGUUAUUGAGUGUCAAUGGAGUGUCUGUUGAAGGAGAAAACCAUGAAAAGGCAGUGGAGUUGUUAAAACAGGCCCAUGGCUCUGUCAAAUUAGUGGUGAGGUACACCCCCAAAGUCUUGGAGGAGAUGGAGUUAAGGUUCGACAAACAGAGGGCGAGAAGACGGCAGCAGUACAAUUAAAAAUAACUAGACAGAGUAGCCUAUGACAAAGAAAUUAAGUUGGCCACACUGAAUUAUUAGUAGUUUGAAUUUGAUAGUCAAAGUUAGAAACCCAAAUUUCAAAGUCAUAGGCUACUUUGACCAGACAUUUAACCGAAAUAUGGUAUUACAUAUUAUUAUUAUUAGAUUGUGUUGCAUUUAAGGAAUGAUUGUAUAGUUAGCACGAUGUGCACUGGUCUCUAGAAGUACUGAAUCUCAAGUACCCGUGUAUUGACAAGUAAUCCAAGUAUUACAUGUUUCCAUUUUUUUUGUUAUUUAUGUUGUAUUAAAUAAAUAAUUACAAAAAACAAAA